AUGAGGCUCCUCACAUACAGAGGCUUCCCAGAUUUAGCUGACGAACCAGCAGUGGUUGAACCCAGCACCGAGUGGAUGAAGCUGGACGAGGUCCGCAAAGGCGUCAAGGCUCUCGGGCCAAGACUGGUGUCCCGAGAUCACCAGUGGUGGGACCGCUACUUCCUAGCACUGGAAAAUCCUAACGUCAAUGACAAGGAAUGGCCGCUGCCCAAAAUCAGCCAAACGAUCGGCUUUUGGGAAAUUGAUGAAGAUAUGACAGACGUACCGCAGCAUCUGUUGGAGAUCAGAUCCGGCCUCACACAACAAUGCCCAGCGGUGAUCAUUGGUAAUCAAGGACAAAUGCCGGCAAUUCAAGAGGUAGAUCGAACAAAAAUUGAGAUUGGUGAUCUGGCGGCAAUAUACACCGUGGAAAAGGAGGGUAGACCAUGGAUCGCCAAGGUGAUUGAUAUCAAUGAGGACACGAUCAAGAUUCAUUGGUUCCAUGGGUCUUGGAAUGGAGUUUGCCGGCCAUGGUACAACAACAUCAGCAAAAAGCAAGUACCAUGGCUGGAUGAAGUUCAUGUGACGAGUGUUGUUCUGUGGGGGUUUAGAUUGACAGAGAAGGGUGCUUGUUUGACUAGGACUGUGGCCAGAGAGUUGAAAGACAGGUACGAUCAAAUAGAUAGUGAGGAGACAUCUUCCUCUCUUUCAUAAAUGACCAAACCACCCUGGCUAAUAAGGGGUGGUCCAUAAUUUUCAACAUUUUCACAAGCGUACAAUACGUACGGGGGAGGGAGGGGGUCAAAACACCAAUGUACACUUUCUUUAAGAAAUUAAUAAAAUGUUGAUCAUCUGUAUUGUACGAAUCGCGGGACGCAUUUAAAUUUCGCGCGCUGCUCACACGGUUAGCUCUGCUUGCUUCCUAUUCAACAAGACAAUGGCCGCACGUGGUGACUUUGAUGCGCUAUUUUUGUUAAUUAACAAGAGUGAUACGACUAUUCACAGCCGACCCAGCAAUGAAUAUGAACAAUAUCUUGUUUAUAUUAUUUUGAAAACAAUGUUGACGGGCAAUGACUGACCAAGUUCAAAAUGCAACCAGAAAACACAACUAGAACCCCCUUGCUUGUGUAUUUUGGAACGUGGGUCAUUCGGCCAUCAACAUUUUUCAUUCGGGAUUGUACACUUUAGGGGGGAGGGGGGUUGCCCAAAAGAGUACGUUUUGUGCACUUGUGAAAAUGUUAAAAAUUAUGGACCACCCCUAAGUAAGUGCCAAUGAACUAACAUUGUGGUUGUUCGUACAGCGACAGAAUUGUCGUACAUUCGUGUAUAUUUCUUUCUUUCUAUCAAAAUGUCAAGUUGUGUUAGAAUCAUGGCUGGGAUGGGUUAAAGUGGAAUUAUUCAAUUCAAACCUCUUAAAGGGAACCUAUCAAGAAAUGCUUAUAAAAAUGGGGAGUUUUGAACGGCCCGGUUAAAACCUAUGGC